AGCUCCCCGGGUCCAAGCACCGUCCAAACGGGACAACGGAGCGGGAUCGACCAUGGGGGAUAAUUUGGCCUUCACACUCGUUGGAGGGGGAUGUGCAGCCAUUUGCUUGGGUUUGCUGAUCUUCAUCAUCGUCAUGCUCGCCUCCAUCACGGUGGUGAAUGAGAAGCAACAGAUUCUUUUCAUCUUGCCGACGACCAAAGAGGUGAAGAACGGCCCUUUCACGGAGAUCGUGUGGCCCCAUUUGAACCACGAGGUCAGGGACGCGGUCCAAGUGGAAUUGAGUGAGUACGCGGUGCUCAAGCACGAGCGGACCCAGGAGCUCCGGCACGUGCCUGGCCCACAAUUCGUCUUCAUGGGGGCCUACGAGACCCUGGAGGGCAAACGGACCAAGAUCGUGAUGCAGAAGCAAGAGUAUGUCCGCCUCAUCGACAAGAUGACCGGGGAGGAACGAGUGGUGGCGGGCCCCACGACUUUGGUGCCGAAUCCCUUGGAAGAGUACCCCACGGGCGUGGAGACAGCCAUCGUCAUCGGCGCGCAGAACGCAGUCUUAGUCUACAACAAGACUUCUGGGCUGAAGAGCCUCAUUACGGAGGCUGGCGCCUUCAUCCCAGCUCCCUAUGAAGAGAUCUUGUCAGAACAGCAGGCGCGACUGUUGGAACCUUUGGAAUACGCCGUGGUGAAGGACCUCCUCACCGGUGAGGCACGAAAUGAAGUGGGGCCGAAGUUGCUACAGCAAGGCCCCUACGAGGAGAUCUUGGCCACGAAGCAGAAGAUGGUGCUCGAAAAGGAUGAAUACCUCCAACUCCUGGACAAAAAGACGGGCACCGAACGAGUUUUAAAAGGCCCGGAUCAAGUGGUGCCGGGACCCAGUGAGGAAGCACCAGGAGGCGGAAAGCAGAAGGCAGUCUUUCUGACAGAUCAGCAGGCUGUGGUAGUUCUCAACAGGACUUCCGGGCAGCGACGCCUGGAGACCACCAACGGGGUCUUCAUCCCCGAGGCCUACGAGCGUGUCUUGGAGGUGCGCACCAAGUACUUGGUCCUCACGCAUCAGGCAGCAGUGACGCGUGACGUGCAAGGCAACUUGCGCGAGAUCAGCGGCGCGGAUGGUUCGGACGCCUUCUUCUUGCAGCCCUAUGAGGAGCUGGUUCAGAUGCAGUGGUCUGUCUACCAGCCGGACUCAGUGGAUCCGGUGCCCAAGGAGACAGUGACCAUGAUCGAUCUGAGAUCUCAGAAGAUGUUCUACAACGUGGAGGUGAGAACCAGCGAUAAUGUGAAGAUGCGCAUUCAGGGCACCCUCUUCUGGCAGGUGAAGAACGUCCUGACCAUGAUCGCCAUGACCGCCGACCCGGCGGGCGACGUGUCGCAGCGCGCGCGCAGCGGGCUCAUCGCGGCAGUGUCCAAAGCGACCUUCGCGACCUUCAUGAAUGAGUUCGGCAACAUCACCCAACAGGCCUUUGCGGCGGAGGCGACGGAUCCCUUCUACUUGAGUCGCGGGGUGGAGCUACAGAGUUUGGAAAUGACCAAGUACGAGAUGGUGGAUCAGGAGACAGCCAACAUCCUUCAGUUGAUCAUUCAAGAGAGUACCAAUCGCAUCAACCAGCUGCAGCAGCAAGAGAGUGAAAAUGACGUGAAGGCAGCGAAGUUGGUGGCAGACAUUGAGUUGGAAAAGCAGCGAACAAGCUUGAUCACGACUCAGGCGGCCAAUGAGAAGUUGCAGGCGUCCCUUCAAGGACAAGCUGCAGGUACCGAGCUCGUGGAGAGUGCGGUGGCCUUCAUUGACGGCCUCAACGAGACCAUCAGCGAGGUCACUGACCGUACUUCGCUCUAUAGGCUGCAUCAGUUGUUGGACUCUCGGAACAUCGACACCAGUAACUUGGCCACUGGCCAGGCGCAGCUCUUCCUGACGCCCUCCAACCUCAAUCUGCAACUUCGCAUGGCGAACAACGAGCUUUGAGGCGUCGCGCGUGAGCCCGACUGCGGCACCGUCUGCGGAGCUAAGUCUCGCAGAGUGGGAGAGUUGGCGAGUCAAAUGGGGGAGA